AUGGCACGGUAUCUUCUUGCCCCCACCUCCACCUCCUCCUCUGUCCUCCUCACCAAGGAUGCCGCCAAGAACUCGCCGACGUCACGCCCCCUCCGCCUCCGUGCGCUCGGCUCCAGGAACAGCAAGGCGGGGCCCAUCAUGGCGGUGGCGUGGGAGCAGGCCGCGCCGGCCGCCAGGUACCCCAAGGUGGCUGCCCCUACCACCGGCCCGAUCCCCGCCGCCGAGCUGCUCGGAGUCAUCGAGGCCGCCGCAAAAGCUGGCGCCGAUGUUAUAAUGGAAGCUGUUAAUAAGCCACGUAAUAUCCAAUAUAAAGGUGUUGCAGACCUGGUGACAGACACAGACAAGUUGAGUGAAUCAGUCAUUUUGGAAGUUGUCACCAAGAACUUCAAAGACCACCUCAUACUUGGGGAGGAAGGCGGCCUUAUUGGAGAUUCCCAGUCAGAGUAUCUCUGGUGCAUUGAUCCUUUAGAUGGAACAACGAACUUUGCACAUGGUUACCCCAGCUUUUCUGUGUCCAUUGGUGUUCUCUUCCGUGGAAAGCCCGCUGCUUCCACUGUUGUGGAAUUUUGUGGUGGGCCUAUGUGCUGGAGCAUCCGUACAAUUUCUGCAUCUGCUGGAGGAGGAGCUUAUUGUAAUGGGCAAAAGAUUCAUGUCAGUCAGACAGACAAGGUGGAACAAUCUCUUCUCGUCACAGGUUUUGGAUAUGAACAUGACGAUGCCUGGACGACCAAUAUAAAUUUGUUCAAGGAAUUUACUGACAUUAGCAGGGGAGUGCGAAGGCUAGGGUCUGCUGCUGCUGACAUGUCCCACGUUGGACUUGGUAUUACAGAAGCUUACUGGGAAUACCGACUGAAGCCAUGGGAUAUGGCUGCUGGCGUCCUGAUAGUUGAAGAAGCUGGUGGGGUGGUAACUCGCAUGGAUGGUGGAGAGUUUACAGUCUUUGAUCGUUCUGUUCUUGUUUCCAAUGGCCUUGUUCAUGGACAGCUUUUGGAUCGGAUUGGCCCUCCUACUGAAGAUCUUAAGAAGAAAGGAAUCGAUUUCUCUUUGUGGUUCAAGCCUGACAAGCUAAGUGUUGAGGCUCAUACGUAUUACCCAAUUGCAAGGCCGAGAUGGAAAUUAUGUGCCUGCAGAAACGUCUUGCAAGAAACUUCCUUGCAUGAUGCAGAAGUAAAUUCCUACCGCCAUAGUGAGAGGAAGAACAGGAAAAGGGACGGCGCUUACAUUGACAAAGAUGGCGUGGCAAGAACCUUCGAUCGAAAGAAAAUAUCUAGAAAGAGGGGGGGUGCUAUAAAAGGCCGUGGUUGGAAGUAUGGCUCUGGGUUUGUUGAUGGAGUGUUCCCAGUGUUGAGUCCAAUGGCACAGGAUAUCCUAGAAUUUGUGCAGAAGGGGACCGACGUCAACAAUAUCUGGGAAUCACUAGACAACAUUCCUCAAGCACACGAUCUUUGGGAUGACAUUGUCAAUGUUGCAGUCCAGCUCCGCCUGAACCGACAAUGGGAGCCGAUCAUCACAGUCUGUGAGUGGAUCCUGUACCGGAGUUCGUUCCGUCCCGACAUAAUCUGCUACAACCUGCUCAUAGAUGCAUAUGGUCAGAAGCGUCAGCUGAACAAGGCAGAAUCGAUUUACAUGGCUCUUCUGGAGACUCACUGCGUUCCGACAGAGGACACUUACGCUCUUCUAUUGCGCGCUUACUGCAAUUCUGGGCAGUUGCACCGAGCCGAGGGCGUGAUUUCAGAAAUGCAGAAGAAUGGGCUCCCUCCAACUGCAACUGUGUAUAACGCAUACCUGGACGGUCUACUGAAGGCAAGAUGUUCCGAAAAGGCGGUCGAAGUGUAUCAAAGGAUGAAGAAGGAGCGCUGCAGAACUAACACCGAGACGUACACCCUGAUGAUCAACGUAUAUGGGAAGGCAAAGCAACCGAUGUCAUCGCUGAAAGUGUUCAACGAGAUGAAAACGAUUGGAUGCAAGCCCAACAUCUGCACCUACACUGCGCUGGUGAACGCGUUCGCGCGGGAAGGCCUUUGUGAGAAGGCAGAGGAGGUGUUUGAGGAGAUGCAGCAGGCUGGGCAUGAACCUGACGUGUAUACCUACAAUGCCCUGAUGGAAGCUUACAGCCGCGCAGGGUUGCCGCAAGGGGCAUCGGAGAUCUUCUCUCUGAUGGAACACAUGGGGUGUGAGCCUGACAGAGCCUCCUACAACAUAUUGGUGGAUGCUUAUGGAAGAGCUGGUCUCCAUCAAGAGGCAGAAGCAGCGUUCCAAGAGCUGAAGCAGCAGGGCAUGCGCCCGACCAUGAAGUCGCACAUGCUGCUCCUGUCCGCGCACGCCAAGUCCGGCAACGUGGCGAGGUGCGAGGAGGUGAUGGCGCAGCUGCACAAGUCGGGGCUGCGCCCGGACACCUUCGCGCUCAACGCCAUGCUCAACGCAUACGGCCGGGCAGGGCGGCUCGACGACAUGGAGCGCCUCCUCGCGGCCAUGGAGCGGGGCGGCGAUGACGCCGGCGCCGCCCCGGACACCAGCACGUACAACGUGCUGGUGAACGUGUACGGGCGCGCGGGGUACCUGGACCUGAUGGAGGCGGCGUUCCGCGUCCUGGAGGCCCGGGGGCUCGCCGCCGACGUGGUGACGUGGACGUCCCGCAUCGGCGCGUACGCGAGGAAGAAGGAGUACGGGCGGUGCCUGGAGAUCUUCGAGGAGAUGGUGGACGCCGGGUGCUACCCGGACGCCGGCACGGCCAAGGUGCUGCUCGCCGCGUGCUCCGACGAGCGCCAGGUGGAGCAGGUCACGGCCAUCGUCAGGUCCAUGCACAAGGACGCCAAGACGCUCUUCGCAUUAUGA